GACUUGAUCAUUCAACCAGUUCGCACUUACCUCUUCUAGCGAUCGGUCGAUUCGCUUACUCGAUGUGCUGCCGGCGAACGGAGACUUUUACGAAGAAAGUCGGCGCGACGCGCACUCUAUAACUGUUUCGCGUUCCGAAUCCGUACGAGUGCUGCUUUCUCUGUUGUUGUUGUUGUUGAUUCAACCAUCACGACGACAGUGGAAAGGUGCUGUUGUUAGAGCAAGUAGCAAAAAAAAAAGAAAGUGGUUAACCCGUUGAAUGUGUUUAUCUUUUACCCACGGGUUUCGCAGAGCCUAGUUUGGGAAACUACUUCCAUUGGGUGAUAAAAGUGCAUCAAAUUUGAAUCUCCGGCAAAAGUGAAAAGUAUCUGCAGCAGUUGAGCUGAAGCAUUUGAACCAUUUCUCUGCACAGCCAAACCGACAAGGAAGUAAAAAAUGGCACUCCAGAUGACCGACAUGCUUUACGAGAAUCCGUUGGAUCAUUUCCUGACACUGAUCGUGGAUUUUGUCAUUUUCUUUUUCAAAUCAAUCUACUACACGUUGGAAACGUGUGUGUUGGCCUGUAUACCGUACCGGUUUAGGAAGCUUAAGGACGUCGCCGGACAAGUUGUAUUAAUUACUGGAGGAGGUGGAGGCGUUGGACGUCAUCUGGCGAUGAACUUCGCUCGGCUCAGGUCGAGAGUAGUUAUUUGGGAUAUUAACAAAGAUGCAUUGAAAGGCACCGCUGACGAGUUGGCCUCCGAGGGGUACUACUGCCAUACCUACCUGGUGGAUAUCUCCGAUCGGGAGCAGGUGUACGAAGUAGCGAAAAAAGUUAAAGAAGAAGUCGGUGACGUUAACAUUUUGGUGAAUAAUGCCGGAAUCGUCGCCUGCAGAACAUUAUGGGAUCUCUCGGACAAAGCCAUUGAGAGUACUUAUGCUGUUAACAUCUUAUCACACUAUUGGACUACGAAAGCGUUCCUGCCAGAAAUGAUGAAGUCAAACAAGGGACAUAUUGUGACAGUCGGGUCCGUUGCUGGCUUGCUUGGAACUUACGGAUGUACGGAUUAUAGUGCCACCAAGUUUGCCUGCGUCGGAUUCCACGAAGCAUUAUUCACUGAGUUAAGGACCCAUGGCUACGACAAGAUCCACCUGACGCUCGUUUGCCCGUAUUACAUCAACACCGGUAUGUUUGCCGGAUGCAAACCCCGUCUACUGCCUAUGUUGGAACCAAAAUACGUCGCAGAUAGUAUGGUCAAAUCGAUUCGUAAGAAUGAAGUCAACUGUACGCUACCAGAUAACGUGCGCAUGUUUCUGCCAUUGAAGUGUCUGCUACCGGCCAAGGUGUGUUGGGAAAUGAUGCAUCGUAUCAUGAAAGGUCCCCAAACGAUGAUGGGCUUCCGCGGCAGGGGCAAAGCUACAGCUGGAUGAGCUGCUACCAAUGCACAAGAAAUUUCUUGCAAAACUGAAUAGUUCGUUAGUGUAAUAAGAUAAUCGUUUCUAUUGAUUUAUCACCAUGUCGAGUUCAAUAGUUUCUUACUGGUUUAUAUUUUCAAAAACUAAUUUAUAGCGAUAAGCGAUACAACUGUAGUUUUAUUGUAUAACGCAUUGUGCAGCUAUAUUUUAUUUUAUUAUUGAAUAAAGGAUGUUUAUCCAGUGAAUGUUUUGAGUUAAC